UCCAAUCCGCUCACGUCAACACAGCACGCUAAAAAUGAGGUCCGCUGUAAUUUGGUUGUUCUUCAUCGCGACUGCCGCUUGGGCUCAGGAUAUUAAGCCAGAACUUCCCAUCUAUUUUACGCCGCCCCCUACAAUAACGAUGACCACAAGUCCCUCUAUGAUCACAGAGGGACCUGUAAUGACCACUUUGUCGGAGGAGACAACGACCGAAUUCUUCCCGACCACAACCUCAACAACCGAGUCACCCACAACUACAACAACAGAAAGAUCCACCACUUCAACAACCGAACCCAGCACUACAACCUCAACAACCGAGUCAACCACAACUUCAACAACAACAACAGAAAUAUCCACCACUUCAACAACCGAACCCAGCACUACAACUUCAACAACAGAGACCACCACACCACUCACCACAACUACUGCAGUAGAAACCCCCACAACAACAACGACAGAACCCAGUACUACAACAUCAACAACAGUCACCACAACUACUGCAGUAGAAACCCCCACAACUACAACGACAGAACCAAGCACUACAACUUCAACAACAGAGACAACCACACCACUCACCACAACUACAACGACAGAACCCAGCACUACAACUUCAACAACAGAGACCACCACACCACUCACCACAACUACUACAGUAGAGACCCCCACAACUACAACGACAGAACCCAGUACUACAACUUCAACAACAGAGACCACCACACCACUCCCCACAACUACAACGACAGAACCCAGCACUACAACUUCAACAACAGAGACCACCACAGCAGUCACCACAACUACUGCAGUAGAAACCCCCACAACUACAACGACAGAACCCAGCACUACAACUUCAACAACAGUCACCACAACUACUGCAGUAGAAACCCCCACAACUACAACGACAGAACCCAGCACUACAACUUCAACAACAGAGACCACCACACCAUAUUAUCCCAUGCACAAUUGCAACCAUGGCAAUGCGGCAGUAAAUUGUUACAUCAGAAGUCAGCAGAAGUACAGAUGGAACUAUUAUGGACAGCGCUGGACAUUGAGGACAAUUUGUUACCGCUGCUGCUACUACGACUAUAACCAAUUCGCCGGAUGCAGUGAAAUUCACCCAAGUCGGUGUUCGUGGUACGAUGAUUUUUAUGGAGGGAAAGAAGCUCCAGUGUUUCCUAGAGGAUGAGCAAAUUGAGGUCAAAUUGUUACCGCUGCUGCUACUACGACUAUAACCAAGUAGCCGGAUGCAGCGAAAUUCACUCAAGACGGUGUUCGUGGUACGAUCAUGGUGGAUGGGAAUCCAUUCUAUGUGCCUUAAUAUCAAAAUUAAAUAAAAACUUUACACUUCUGUUAUGAA